UUCAUUCCAUUCUUAUAAAUCUUAAUUUCUUACGUUUUGUGAAUUUUGCGUUCUUUUGACGUGAAUAUUUUCUUUAAACUUUUGUUGUUAUCUACUUUUAAUGUAAAAAUGGUGGCCUUAAAUAUGUGACCCACUUUUAUCGGGACAAGGCCGUUGGCUUGUUUUGUAUAACCUACUUGGAAGAAGUCGCAUACGUUAGUUGAAAUAUUAUGUUAUCAAUUUAACCCCACAAAGCGAUAAUUUCCAAAUUUUGAGCCAACUCGAGCGCACAUUUAAAGAGAUCGACAUCGUCAGCAAUAAUAGAAUAGUGAUCGAUUUCAAUUUUUUUUAAAGAUGCGGAUUUCGUAAUUUGUAAAACGAGCAAUUCGAAGUGCAGUGCAGUGUGUUAAGCGUAAGCGAACGCAUAAAAUUCAGUGUCGGGUCGGAUGGUACGAUGCGCGGUUGGUGGCGUUCGCGUCGGAGACGCUAGCGUGAACGGUACAGGGCAGCGGAAAGGGUGUCGGGCCGCGAGCGCGAGGACUGGUGCCCGCACGAGGCGAGGCGUCAUGCGCUGACGUGCACAAGGCGCUGCGCAUGCUGUGGCGCAGCGCGAUGCCCCCCCGGGCCUGAGAUGGAGGAGGGAGGGUACUGGCGGCCGUCCUGCUCGACGCUGUCGCUCGCGGAGCACCAUGGCAGCUCGACGCACCUGUGCGCCCGCCACGCGCCGCGCAUGCCGCACCGCCACCUGCCGCACGGCCCGCACGCGCACCACGCGCACCACGCGCACGCGCACGCGCACCACCUGCAGCACGCGCAGCCGCUCUCCUGCCCGGUGCACAGCCCCUUCCGACAGCCCACGCCGGAGUACUGCGCUGCUCAUGCACAGGAUACGACGACGGACCGUUUCCAUCGAGUUUAAAGAAUAUGCCCUAUUACUGCUACCAAGUGCCGUCCAAAGGCCCUUGUGAAGGAAUGUUCUUCGUGUGGUUCUUUGACGUAGUUAGAAGGAAAUGUAUGCCCAUGAUAUAUUCUGGAUG